AGAUAAAAAUGGCCUCUCGGCUGCUCCCGUUGCGUUGCAAAAAUCUGUUUUUUUACAGCCCACACACACCGGGGUCUGCGCUGACGCUUGUCUUCUGGUGAGAGAUCUCCGCCGGAAUACUGCGGCCGGGGCGGUGCCAUGGCCGUGGAUUUAUCGAGUCUAGCGAUGAAGCUGGGGAUCUCUCAGCUCGGGACCUCGGAUCAUGCGUCGGUGGUGUCGAUCAACAUCUUCGUGGCGCUCAUCUGCGCCUGCAUCGUUAUUGGCCACCUGCUGGAGGAGAAUCGCUGGAUGAAUGAGUCCAUUACUUCAUUAAUCAUUGGACUGUGCACUGGCGCCGUAAUUCGUCUCUUGACGCAAGGGAAGAACUCACAUAUUAUGGUCUUCAGUGAAGAUCUCUUCUUUAUCUAUGUGCUUCCACCAAUAAUCUUCAACGCAGGGUUCCAAGUAAAGAAAAAACAGUUCUUCCGCAACUUCAUGACAAUUAUGCUGUUUGGUGCAGUAGGGACAUUGAUCUCCUUUGUCAUAAUUUCACUUGGUGCCAUAGAAUUUUUCAGAAAAAUGAAUAUAGGUGAAUUGGACAUUGGAGAUUAUCUUGCUAUCGGUGCAAUCUUUUCUGCUACAGAUUCUGUUUGCACUUUGCAGGUGCUCAAUCAGGAUGAGACACCUUUGCUUUAUAGCUUGGUGUUUGGUGAAGGAGUUGUAAAUGAUGCUACAUCAGUGGUGCUUUUUAAUGCAAUUCAGAAAUUUGAUCUAGUUCAUGUUGACUUCACCGUAGUGUUGCAGUUUGUUGCAAACUUCUUUUAUCUGUUUUUAGCAAGCACCUUACUUGGAGCAGUUGCAGGAUUGCUGAGUGCUUACAUUAUUAAGCAGUUGUAUUUUGGAAGACAUUCAACAGAUCGUGAAGUUGCUCUUAUGAUACUUAUGGCUUAUCUUUCUUAUAUGCUGGCUGAAUUGCUGGAUUUUAGUGGUAUUCUUACUGUCUUCUUUUGUGGAAUAGUAAUGUCACACUAUACCUGGCAUAAUGUAACGGAGAGCUCUAGGGUCACUACAAAGCAUGCCUUUGCAACAUUGUCAUUUAUUGCUGAAAUUUUCCUUUUCCUUUAUGUUGGAACCGAUGCAUUAGACAUUGAGAAGUGGAAAUUUGUCAGUGACAGCCCUGGAAAAUCCAUUGGUGUGAGCUCAAUUCUUCUAGGUUUGGUAUUGGUCGGAAGAGCCGCCUUCAUCUUUCCACUAUGUUUAAUUUCCAAUUUUAAAAAACCUCAGAAUCAAAAAAUUUCCUUCAAGCAACAAGUUAUAAUUUGGUGGGCUGGUCUUAUGAGAGGCGCUGUGUCAAUCGCACUUGCUUAUAACAAGUUCACCAAAUCUGGCCAUACUCAACAGCGUGGAAAUGCUUUUAUGAUCACCAGUACCAUCACAGUUGUUCUUUUCAGUACAAUGGUGUUUGGUUUUAUGACUAAGCCUCUUAUUUACUUCUUGCUGCCUCCAAGCUCUAAACACCUCACCAGAUCUCUCAGCAUCUCUUCUGAGCCAUCGAGUCCAAAGUCCUUCCUUGUUCAACUACUUGACAAUGGACAAGGAUCUGAGGUUGAAACUGUGCAACCUGUGCCUCGCCCAACAAGUCUUCGCAUGCUUCUGACAGUACCAAGCCGCUCUGUUCACCAUUACUGGCGCAAGUUUGAUGACGCCUUCAUGCGCCCAAUGUUCGGUGGCCGAGGUUUUGUUCCAUUUGUUCCUGGUUCACCUGUUGAGCGCACUGUCAAUGCCUGGGAGUAAGCCUAUAGCUAGAGGAUCACCGUUGCUGGUGUUCAUUUACUUGGUUCUUCAGGGAAGAUGAUCAGAUGAAAACCAACUGUGGAAUUUCUAGAUUUAUUGUGUGAAAUCUAAACUUUAGCAGUAGAGCUUGUAUAUGGAGAAGUUCAUGAUAUCGGAGUGAAUCUCAUCAGCACCUACUGUAUUUAUUUUGUACCAUCAUCUAUUUUGUAUCAACUUCUAUUUAAUCUGUAGAAGUGUGUAUAUUCAUCACUCCAAAAGAAACUGACUCACAUGGAGUUGUUUUCUUGUAUGUUAUACCUUUUUGUUAGUUGAGUUUCUGAAGCUGUAAACCUAUGACUGUACUAUGAGAUUGGCAAUCACUUACCUAA